AUGGUCCUAUCUGAAGUCCGGAUGGCAGUGGAGCGAUUCGACCGCGAUCUGAAUGUUAUUUGCCGCUGCGCAAAAGAACGGGAAGCUGCCGCUAAGCGCGACCUGGACAAGGAGGCACCGGCACUCCAAAGAAAGAUUGCGGCGAUUCGCAACCGAAGGACACAGCUAAAGGAGGAACUGACUGCGUGUCGACAAGAAGAAGAUCAUGCCCGUCAGCGACUGGUAGAGCUCGAGGAGGCCUACGAUGCGUCUGUUCAGCAUAGGCUUAUGGUCUCGGCCUUGCCAAGCACGCAGACUUUGCUUGACUUCAUACUCGGCGACCCGGCUCCCUCAGAUUGCGCGUCGCCCAAGCCACUUGCUUCAACACGGCCUUGUCCAGAGUCCUUCUUGUCUAGCGCCACCUGCGUCCAUCCCCACCUCUCCAACGAAGAGACAGGCCGAAUACAUGCAUGA